UUCUAUCUGGAGUGAAGUUUUUUCUUUCUUGGUUAUGGUUUUGGUGGAUGGUGGAAAGUAGGUAGUAGAUGGAGAUCUGAUGUUUUUUCCGAGCCUCUUGCCCUGAAUUUGGUUCCUCAUCAGCAUCUCAUCUCUCAGUGUCUCCAUUUCUUCAUCAGGAAUGGCUGAAAACAUGUUGAGUGGGGUCGGAGGUGGGGCAUAUCAAGACGUGAAAACAGUGGUAACCACCACCGGUGGCAAAAUAGUUGAUGUGAAGAAUCUGAAAAAAAACUACGAGAAGUUGAUGAAAGAAGCAGAAGAGCUCUGGGAACUGAGUUAUGAUAUACAGAAAGAAGCAAGCAGAGUCAGAAUAAAGCCGGCCACAAGAGACUGGAUUACUAAGGUUGAUAUGCUUAAAAAUGAAAUGAACAGACUGCAAACUGAAUAUAAUGAAGGAAAGAGGAAGCAGUGGAGAUUGGACCGCUUUUGGUCAAACGCAAAUUUUAGUGAGGACUUGAAAACGAAGAGGCAGCAAGUUCGUAGUCUUUUGGAAGAGGGAAAACUUAAAAUGGGAGUUUUGGAAGAUGAAUUACCAAACUCUGUCUGGACAAAAAAUGCACCUGAAAUCGAGGAAAACUCAUCACUGGGAGAGGUUGUAAGAGAUGUACUAAAUCAUCUUAAGGAUGAAAAAGUAAGGAGAAUCGGAAUCUGGGGAGUGGUCGGAACUGGGAAAACCACGAUAAUGGAGCACUUGAAUGACAAUGAAAAGAUUCAUAGUAUGUUUGAAAUUGUCAUUCUUGAAACGGUCUCAAAGGAGAGGAGCAUAGAGAAGCUGCAAGAGGCCAUCAUGCAACGGCUAGAACUGGAUGGGGAACGUAGCGCCAACAUCCAGAGAAAUGCUCAGAUAAUAUCGAGAGGGUUGAAUAAAAAGAAGUGUUUGAUUCUUGUGGAUGAGGUGUGGCAUACCAUUGAUCUGCACAAAGUUAUGGGAAUCCAUAACAACCAUAAUCACAGCAAGGUGGUGUUGGCAAGUAUAUACCAUGGCAUUUGUACCAAUAUGGAAACUGAUGUGCAAAUCGAAGUGAAACCAUUGUCCCCGGCUGAUGCUUGGAACAUGUUCAGGAAGAAGGUGGGUGAUGUUAUUUCUAACUGCUUAAUUGAACCAACAGCUAGGCUUGUUGUUCAAGAGUGUCACGGGUUGCCACUGCUGAUAGACAGAGUAGCCAAAACCUUCAAAAAGAAGCAAAGAGAUUUUACCCUUUGGAAUGAUGGAUUGGAAAGCUUGCAAAGAUGGGACAGUGACAGAGUUGAAGGCAUUGAAGAAGUGCUGGAACGCCUGCAGGUUUGUUACGAGGAUUUAAAGGAUGAAGAGAAGGACUGCUUUUUGUACGGUGCAUUGUAUCCUGAAGAAAGCAUGAUACAUGUGGAUUACUUGCUAGAAUGUUGGAGAGCUGAAGACUUUAUUCGUCAUGCAGAGGAGUUCAGAAAAGCACGCAUCAGAGGGCAUGCGAUAUUGCAUGAACUUAUGGGCGUAUCCUUUCUAGAGAAAACUGAAAAGAGGAAAUAUGUUAAGAUGAACAAAGUGCUUCGGCGUUUGGCGCUUAAAAUCUCAUUGAAAAAGGAUUACAAAUAUCUGGCAAAACCAGGUGAGGGAUUACAAGAGUUUCCAGACCAUGAAGAAUGUAGCCAAGCAAGUAAGAUUUCGUUGAUGGAUAACCGACUACACACUUUACCAGAAACUCUAGAUUGUGGCAAUCUCUCAACAUUGUUCCUUCAAAGAAAUAAGGAUUUGAGUGUCAUUCCUCAGUUGUUCUUCCAAUCCAUGUGCAGUCUGCGAGUUCUGGAUUUGCAAGGCACUGGGAUUGCAUUUUUGCCUUCCUCUAUAUCCAACUUGGUUGUUCUCAGGGGGCUCUACUUAAAUUCUUGCAUCCACUUGACAAAGGUACCAUCUGAAAUAGAAGCACUUCAACAUCUUGAGGUGCUUGAUAUUCGAGGUAGUGGACUUAAUUUAUGUCAAAUUCAAAGUUUAAUAUGGUUGAAGUGUUUGCGAAUAUCCUUGUCUAAUUGUUCUACUAAGGUAUUAGAUAUUCGAAGGACUGAUUUAAAUUUAAAUCCGAUUGGAAGUAUAAUACAGUGGCGACGGGUAGUAUCACCACCUAGUGUUGACGUGGGAAACCAUACUCAGGAGCAAUCAGAAAUUAUUUCCAGGUUUGUUUCAUUGGAAGAAUUGAGUAUUGAUGUUGAUUCUUCUCAACAGCUUUGGGAAACGGUUGCAGAGGAGGCCAUAGAAGAGAUUGCUAAAUUGAAUCAGGUUACUUCCCUUCGAUUGUACUUCCCUAGAGUGGACCAUCUUAGGUUGUUUGUCACCAAAAGCCAAGUGUGGAAUUCCCCCUUCACAUUUCAAUUUUCUGUUGGUUACGAGGACUCGACCUACUCACAAAUUUUUGAGUCCUUACAUUCUCCAAGGUACAACUCUCUGAAAAUGGUGAAUGGUGAAGGCACAGAUCCUGUCAUCUCGGAAGUACUUGGGAAAACUCAUGCAUUUGGACUAAAAAACCACAGGGGAGUUUCCAGUCUAUCUGAUUUUGACAUUGAGAAGAUGAACCAUAUGUUGGUUUGUUUGCUUGAAGGAUGCAAUAAAGUUGAGACCAUAAUCUCUGGUGGCGGAACGAUGACACGUGUGUUAGAAAACCUGGAAAUUUUGCAUGUAAACAACAUGCUGAGAUUGGCAAGCAUUUGGAAUGGGUUUGUUCCUGAUGGAAGUCUAGGUCAACUAACAACUCUUGCAUUAAUUAAAUGUCCAGAGUUGAAGAAGGUAUUCUCUAAUGGCAUGAUUCAGCAGCUCCCUCAACUACAGCACUUGAGAGUUGAAGAAUGUCAUCAAAUGGAGGAGAUAAUCAUGGAACCUGAGAAUGGUGGAUUAGAAGCCAAUCCACUUCCAAGGUUGAUGACGCUAGUACUUCUUGAUCUCCCAACACUAAAAAGCAUUUGGAUUGAUGAUUCAUUGAAUUGGCCUUCUCUACGGAAGAUUAAAAUAUCCGCGUGCAGCAUGUUGAAGAAGCUGCCUUUCAAGAUAGAGAAUGCAACCAGAUUGAGAUCUAUCGAAGGGCAAAACUCAUGGUGGGAAGCUCUAGAAUGGACAGAAGAUGUUGCCAUUAAACAGGGACUAGAGCGUCUUUGCAUCCUCAACUAGCUCCUCAGAUUUGUGUGCAGCAGUCUCAUCUUAAAGUUGAUUGAGAUAUAUAGUUGCCGCCUCGGUUUGUCUUUCUCUAAGACUUGAUAUGUACCUUGGUUUGUAUCCAUUUGAGAUUUGUUUUCAUGGUUUGUAUUUGUUUGAGAUUUGCUAUUUUGGGUUGUAUUUUUUUUUUUUAUAUAAAUAUUUGCUCCAUUGAAUUGGCUUUGCUAGCUGGGAUUGUAUUUGUGUAAG